AUGAGUGUCUCAAGUGACAGCAUUUUACAUAACCUUCUCAGGCGAGAAGUCGGUCUUUUUAGUGGAAAGGAGCAAGGAUUUUUCCACCGAGUUGUCGAAGACAAAGCUGCAAUCUUCUCAACCGAAAACACACCAUGUUACCUUGGAUGUCAUCCGAGGGCUACGUUCUUGAUGUCCUUCAGUCCAGAUGGCACAUUGAUGGCAUCAAGUCAUGGUGAUCACAACAUUCACAUUACUGAUGUACGUACAGGUGAACAUGUGCAAUCCUUGAUGGGUCAUCCAAGAACACCGUGGUGUGUAAGCUUCCAUCCCACUUCCAAUGAGAUCUUGGCAUCAGGCUGUCUUGGUGGUGAGGUUAGAAUAUGGGAUUUACAUGGAGGAAGUGAAAGCUGGACAUCUGAUGAUGAGACAGUGAUAGCAUCACUAGCAUUUCAUCCAACAGAUCAAGUAUUAGCAAUAGCAACAGAUAACAGAAUUUACCUGUGGGAUUGGAGUCAGCCAGCACCAUUUACAUAUGUUAAAACAGCCCUAUCUAAAGAGAAAGUUAGAUUGGUGAAAUUUGAUCCUACAGGACUUAAUAUAUUAACAGGUAUAUCGAAUAUUACAACAGGUGAUAGUGAUGAUGAUUUAGACCUGUCACUGCCUAGGGAAGCAAAUGAGAGAGAUGUGUCUGAAUUUCCACAGAAUACAGAAGAUGCCCACUUAGUGAGGAGACUGAGACUACAACUUACUCGACAGUCUGAUCCAACCGAUGAUCCUCAUACUGUUGCUGAUGCUCUCUUUAACCAUCCCAGUAAUAUAGACGCAGAUCAACAAGCGGCAGCUUCUGUGAGUAAUGUCAGACCUUUGGCCUCACUCAGGAGACAUACACAUGGACCAUUUGCAUAUAACCCGAUGAGAAAUCUGGACUCUGUGUUGUCAGGUACUUCCGAUACUAUCGGGCAGAGUGACUCUAGGAGCUUUUCUGACAGUAUUUCUAAUCAGCCAGUUAGGAGACAUUAUAGUUCAGCAUCAAAUAGUUCACAUGCUAUCGGCCAUUCCCACUAUAGCAGUGGGAUGGCCAGUACAGGAAAUGUAAGUGUUGAUCGCGCUGAAAAUAUAAGUGGGCUAGUAAGGACAGAAAAUAUCACUUCUGAACAUGUUGGAGUCAGUGGUAGUCGAACUAGGACUGAAAAUGGCAGUCAUAAUAUUCGAGUGCCGGCCGAUUUUGGACAAAGUAUAACAGUUACGGCCAGUAUGGGUCCAUCAUCAUCUGAUGCAUCACAGGAAAAUGAAUCGUCAGAGGAUGCUCCCUCAAGUCAAACUGAAAACUCAAAUGCAGAGCCUUUGCAAUCUAAUCUGCAGGUAGGGAACAAUAGUAGUGCACCCACUUCAGGGCUACAGUUGAAUAUACCAGUAAUAAACAUUGAAGUCUCUGCUACUAGUGGUAGAGAAGGAGAAGCGCAGUCCACUUCAUCUACAGCUUCAACGUCAAAUAGAGAGUAUUCCAGCACACCGAGGGGAAGCCCUAAUAGUCCUAGAUUGAAUAUAUCUAUAGUCGUGUCCAGAAACAGAGCAGGUACUACCACUACAACGACUCGUACAAGCAGUAAUUCUGAAGUGGCUGCAUCUUCCAGUGGAAGUGCUGAGAGUACAACAAGGGAAUCAUCAUCACCUUUGCAUUUUGCUGGUCCAGAAAUGCCGAGUGGAGCAAGAACGUUUGCAGUAAGACCAAACAGAAGAGCUGUCACACGAUCAUCACGGCUGAUUUUGAAUCAACAGAGGCGUGCUAUGUCUGACGAAGCAUCAAUGUUGACAUCGCCUCUCGGAUCAGAGAGCAGGAGAGCCAGAAUGACACGAUUUGGGUUCCAUAGAGGUACUGAACGGAGUCGUCUUUUACAUCAUCACCAUCAUUACCACCAUCACCUACAUCAGCAUUACAGUAUUAGUAUCUUUGACGAUACUAAUAGACCGUCACAUGCGUUGCAUUCAGCUAUCAACCGAGCAAUCGCUGGUGCAUUCGCUGGCAGUGGAGAGACUGCUGUAGCUAGCAAUAUUGUCAACACAACCCAUAGACUUCAAUGGUGGGACUUCACUUCAUACAAACUUCCUGAUAUUUCAGAUGCCGAUAACAAUGUUAUAGUAGAAAACUGUAAAAUACACAAUGAUGCCAGUUGUGAUAUCUCCCAGGAUGGUACCAUGAUUGCUGCAUUUGUACCAAGUCAUCGUGGUUUCCCGGAUGAUGGAAUACUGGCAAUAUACUCUCUCCAGGCUGACAGCUUUGGUGAUUGCCUCUACACUAAGAGCUUUGGGCCUAAUGCAAUAUCGGCAAGUAUCUCCCCAACUAACAGAUAUGUUAUGGUUGGUUUGGCAUCAAGAAGACUUCAUUGGCAUGUAACAUCAAAACAGAUGGUGGCUCAGAUUUUCCGGUUGAAACAUGCCUAUGCUGGGGAAGAUUCAUGCCAGCAUAUCCAGAAUGUAAUGCAUCCAUGUGACGUUGAGCGACGGAUGCAUGUCAGUGUCAAUUCAGCAAAGUGGCUACCCUGGCCAGGAUGGGGUGUGGUUUAUGGUACUAAUAGAGGCGAUUUACAUAUAUGUAGAUUAAGGAUGCCGGUCAUUCCAGAGGACCAGCCGACACAUAAUGAUGGUGCAUCAAAUUCUACAAGAAGUGCCAGUCAACAAACUAGGGUACCGGAUAACAUGUAUGCACGGCGGAACAUAGACACUGCAGGACGCGUAAGGGACUAUCAAAUGCUUGGCGUGGUUGGACUUGGACUGGUGUCGCCCCCAGAGACAAAUUCCACUGCCACGCAAACUGUACCCGUGAGAGUACAGAGUACAAGCACUCAGACUGAACAUGCAGUGGGUCAUAGCGGGGACAAUACUAGCAACGUGCAAGCCAGCACAAGCAGCCAUAGCGACACUGGCGAGACCAUACAAAAUAGGACCAGUGAUGAUGGCCAGAAUGACUACCAGUCGAAUAGUUCUUCAGAUGAGGACGGUGAUACAUCAGGUCACGGAUCUGGUGACACAAGCAGUGAUGUAUGGGACAGUACAAAUAAUGACAACCAAAAUGCUGAUGUGGAGUCAGAUGAUGAUCUUUGAAUUUCAUUCUUACAGACAUCCAUGAUAAGCUUAUCUUAUGUCCAAGAAUUGAUGUUGAUAGACACAGUUUCUUGUUUGUGUAAAGCAUCACUUGCCUAGGUCCAUAGAGUAGGAAGUGUGGAUGUUGAGGGCUUUUGUUUGUCAGCAAUACAGUAGCAUUGCCUCUCACAAGAACGUUGAUCGUUGACCAUGUGACAUUAAGCACUAUUUACAUCUCGUGAUUCAACUACGUCUUUCAUUCCUGCCUUCAUAGUGGCAAAGAAUACUAGAACUCAGGUUUUAUGUGUACUUUGUGUAAUAAUAUGUGUGUGCCCACUCCAUCCCUUCAAGCUUUUACAAUGCCAUACUGGUUACUGUGUGAUAGUGGUAUAGCAGUUGGGAUUUCACAUGUAGCUAUACUGUGUAUCUGUGAAAUCAAGAAGUCUUGCCUAAGUUUGAGGAUUUCAUUCAAAUUCUGCUUUCCCACUCACAAGAAUUAACAAAAGGAGCAUAUGCUUUAUUUUUCACACGCAAUCUAGCAUGCUUAAUCAGUUUGCUCCUGAUGAGUAUAAACACGGUGCUGUAGCUGUCAAGAGUUGUAUCCUGUCUUGCCUUGGAAGAAUUUUUAUUUAAAUUGUCUGAUAUAAAUUAUUCUGUGUCCUGGCAAAUGAAUGUACGAGAAAUGUCAAAUUUUGUCUACUUGUAAAUGCAUUAAUUAUUCACUGGGUUUUAUUUUUGCUGAUAAGUAAAAUCCUCUAAAUUAAAUCUACCAGUAUAUGAACAUAUAAAAUAACAAUAAAACUCAUUGUUUUGACAAAUUCGUGAAAUUAAAACACAGUGAAUAUGCUCAAAACAUCAAAAUAGUGAAAUUAAAUGUCAGUGAAGAGAAACGCUUUUACUGUAUGUUGAAUGUUUACAGAAAAAAACAACAAUAGAACACAAUGGAGUCACUUGUCGAGGCGCAGUAAAUCUGUGCACCAUAGAACAUUUGUCAGAAUGUAUAUUUAUAUAUUUUGUUUAUAUACAAUUAAUGUGCCAAAAGUUUGAAAUAGUUUAUACUAUUUGUGUGCAGAUAUUUCUAGGACAAUAGAUUUCACAACAGGGUUUGAAAUUCAUACAUGUAUGUAGUUGAAUAUUCAAAACAUUAAUACAUGCUACUGAAUAAAAGUGUGUGUGUGGUAACAAUAAUUUGCCCUCGGAUACAACAUGUGUGUUGUUAUAGUGUGCAUGAAAUUGUUAUUGACCACAAAUGUGUGGUAUUCAUAAAACCUAAUUUCACAAUUAUA